AUGUUCGAGUAUUUCCUAUUUCAUUGUAUCUCUCCAAAUUACACCACCAUCAUCAUCAUCAUCAUCAUCAUCAUCAUCAUCAUCAUCAUCAUCAUCAUUCCUUUAUCUCUCGACUCCGUCCUCCCACGAUUCUACACCUUCCUAACGCAUUAUGCGCAUAUUAGCGCGGAGAGCGAGGAUGAGCCAUUUCGUCAUCAAGCACCAAAUAUUCGACACAGACAGAGUUACCCGGGUACACAAAUUUAG